CUGUCUGUAGUAUGCCUCACUGUCAACACGCCAUUUAAUAUGAUUCUUCGCUUCGCAUUGCUAUUAGCCUAUUAUGAGAAUGUCACCAUCAUCAACAUACCGUGCCGUUAGUGCCCGACUUCGACAACUCGAAAGUUCUUUUCUGGCGAACGGCCUUUGCGCGUUAGCCAGGACUAUAUAUAUUCUAAUUAUAGCGGUUAUCGAGAAGAGCAUCGCGGGACGCGUGCUGGUAGUGAUCAGUACGUGGAACCUCGGUUCGACUAAGAAUGUCUUCGGCCUUCUCCAUGUUCCACGACGAUUCCGUGGCGCCGGCUUCACCCACUGACGCCGAACAGCCGCCAACGGACCUCGAACGGCUUAUGAUCCAGCGCAUCUCACAGCAGUUCGAGAAAUUCAUAACCGAGUCAGAAGCCGGCCAAACGACCAUUCCCCCGGCUUUCCACACAACCGACCUAAGUGGGUGCCCCUCGCAUGUGACCUUUCCCCCACCUCCCACCCGUCCCGUGGAUCCCCGCCCUCUUACGCCCCAGAAGGCUUUCGUGCAGCCCGUGGAAGAGUGGUUGGCUAUGGCGGGCGCUGAGCCAUCGACGCCCGGCGUCUCGGUCGACGAGGCGGCGCUGACCCUCAUCACUGACUUCCUUCUCUCCGACCACCUCUCCGACCUGGCUUACCGUGUCUACGAAGUGCUGUUGUAUCUGCUGCGCUCCCGCGACGACCAUCACAAUCGCUUUUUCCUGCAGUUGUACCCAGCACUGAUUUGGCGCUACUUCCUAGAGGACGGCCGACCCGGUCAUUCGGCGGUGGCGGCGCUGCUGCUGGCUGUUUAUUGUCUGGGCACGACAGACGAGACCGGCCAGCCGCGAGUUAGCACCUUCGUCAUGCCCAGCAUGAACUACUCCAGUCUAUAUCACCGCGCCCAGGACUUCCCGCGUAAGGUCAUCAAUGAGAUUAAUCGGGAGGUGCCGACGGCUGGUACCCGGGUGCCGGCCCAUUCAUAUCCGUUUAUUGAAGGCGUCAAUCGCAGCACUCGCUGGUUGGUGUUCUCAUACAUGACGCGAACGCUGACGGAGCAUCUGGCGCAUUGCAAUAAGGCGUGUCAUCGCAGCAUCAUAACCAUUACCCAGCGGCUGCUGCAGAAUUCGAUUGCUUUCAGGUUGGAGGACACCGGUAACAAGACAAAACCGGAAGCGAAACGGGGCACUGCCAGUGGAAAAAAAGUGGAGGCCAUCGCGGCAGCCAUCCAAGCACUAAAGCCCAACCUAGACAAGUUGUCGGCCCACCUGGAGCAGCUAAAGGAGAAGCUGCUCAAAACCCCGCCCACCCCACCAACCCCCUCGCGCAUCCACUUCCCCGCCAGCUUCCUGGUGGACUGGACCAAUCUGUUGUACGUGCUGAUGUACCAGGGCUACUUCGACGAAGCCUACGCCCUAGUGCAGGACAUCCAGCGCGAAGCGGAAUUUCGCGCCCUCCCGGACGUUCUCCUGAUAACUGGCGCCGUCCUCAAUCGCGCCCAGACGACAGUAGCGGCGUCCAGCUUCGAGGAGGUACUACCGCGGGUGGAUGUACACUUAGCGGACGUGGCACGCAAGGAUCUGCAAAAUGACAUUAGCAUCGUUGCUCAAAAUGUCCACCGGGCCGCAGGAGGUGCCCGGCGGAAGCCGCUGAUAGGUGGGAAGGCGGCCCGCGACGGGGACGAUAUCGGAAAGGAUAUUUGCCAGUUAAUUGAAGCGUUGAAGAUUAACGACAACCAGGUGACGUAGACGUAUUUCCUGGGCAGACGUGACCUUUCAAAGGCUUUCGGUCGUCUCUUGGGCUUAUUUAUAUGUUAUCAUCUUGAUCUCGUGACCUUUGAUAGUUUACCUCCAAUAGACCGGCAUCUUCUCUGAUAGCGAUUUUAUUUCGUUAUGUUUCCUUGUGCCAAAUGACCUUUCUUAUUUCAGCUAUUCGUUCAAUAUUAUUGUUCGAAAUAUUUUAAGGGUUUAAAAUAGCAGCAGAAAGCCCCUACACCGAAAGUUAUGAUGACUGAUUAUCGUACACAUUCCGUAAUCCAUGUAUACGAAAUAUUAAAACCCCGUGCGACAA